AUGUGGCGCCGCCAGCUCCUCCGCCGCCUAUUCCCAUCUCCGGCCACGGGCGCCACCUCCGCGCCCCCUUCGCCUUUCCUGCGACACCUCUCUACCUCAAGCACCCCGAUCCCGACCCCGGCCACUUCCCUCGCCUCCUCCCUCGCGUCGGCGCUCACCGCGCUCUCCACGACCCCGCCGCCCGCCACUACCCCGGACGCCUACUUCUCCCUCCACUUCUCCGACGUGCGCCCCACCAACGCGCUCCUCGCCGAGGCGCUCGAGCUCUCCCCGCCCGCCACCUCCCGCGCCGCUGCCGACCUCUUCCGCUUCCUCGUCCGCCGCCGCUCGCUCCACCCCUCCGACGGCGCGCUCGCGCCCGUCGUUCGCCACCUCGCUCGUCGCCGCGACUUCCCCGCCGUGCGCGCGCUUAUCCAGGAGUUUCCCACCGCUCUCGGGCCCGCCACGCUCGAUGCCUAUCUCCAGCAGCUCGCCAGAGCCGGGCGCCCAACGGACGCUGUCAAGGUGUUCGACGAAUUGCCGGAGCAGCUCCGUAACCGCGAGGCUCUUACUUUGCUGGUCUCCGCCCUUUCUGCCGAGGGCUUCCCCUCGCACGCAGAGCGUGCAGCCAAGAAGGUCGCCAAUGAGAUCUUCCCAGAUGACAAUAUCUGCACUUUGCUGGUAUCUGGCUAUGCCAAUGCUGGUAAGCUCGACCAUGCGCUAAGGUUGAUUGGUGAGACACGCAGGGGUGGGUUCCAGCCAGGAUUGGUUGCAUACAAUGCUGUUCUUGAUUGUGUCUGCCGGCUCUGUCGCAAGAAGGACCCACUGAGGAUGCCUAUGGAAGCGGAGAAGUUCUUAGUUGACAUGGAAGCCAAUGGCAUUCCCCGUGAUGCUGGGACAUUUCGGGUUCUGAUCACAAAUUUUUGCAAGAUCCGCAAGACAGAGGAUGCCAUGAAUCUGUUCCGGCGUAUGGGUGAGUGGGGCUGCUCACCAGAUGCUGACAUGUACUUGGUCCUCAUCAGGAGCUUGUACCAAGCUGCCCGGACUUCAGAGGGGGAUGAGAUGAUGACGUGGAUGCGGUCUGCAGGAUUUGGAGAUAAACUUGAUAGGAAGGCAUACUAUGGAUUCAUCAAGAUUUUAUGUGGAAUUGAGAGGGUUGAGCAUGCUGUCAAGGUAUUCCGUAUGAUGAAGGGUUAUGGGCAUGCUCCUGGAGUAAAAUCAUAUAGCUUGCUCAUUGAGAAGCUGGCUAGGCACAAUUUAGGGGAUCGUUCCAAUGCACUGUUCAGGGAGGCAGUUGCACGUGGUGUACCUGUGGCACAAGGAGAGUAUAAUAUUGACAAAAGGUAUGUCAAAGCAAAGAAGGAGAAGAAGGUGAAGAAGAGGCUGACUUUGCCGGAGAAGAUGAGGUUGAAGAGCAAGAGGUUAUACAAGCUCAGAAUGAGCUUUGUCAAGAAGCCCAAGCGUCGAAUGAUCCGGGGUUAA